CCGCGCAGAUCGUCCUCAGUAGUUGCCCAGACGCUGUCACGGGCGUAGCUGGAUGCUGGAUUGUCUCUCUCUCUCGUGCGCGCGCGUGUCGCAGGGAGGUGCUUCCUUUUCUUCUUCCUCUUCCUCCUAACCUCGUCCUACUCGUCGCUUGUAUCGGUCGACGAACAACGCCGUGGACGUCACGAUUUUUCGAUGCUGCGGAUAUCGUGCGACUCGGUCACUGGUUCACCAUCUUAACGAGAAGAAGAAAAGGUGCCGGAGAAAAGGGAGGCCGACGAGGUUUCCUGCCGGUCGGUGAGAGAGAGAGAUAGAGGGUGAGAUAGGGGUUAGAUAGGAAGGUAGAGUGAGGUAGUGAAAGGGGAUUCGACAAGGAAAGGCAACCGAGAGAAACAACGAGAGACCGGUAAAAUAGAGAAACAAAGAUGGUGUGAGGGAAAUAGACAAGUAACGAGGGGAAUACGGGAGCAGCGAAAAAAGAUUUCGGAAGGAAAGCUAUCCGGGAGGGGUAGAGAUGUGUUGAAGUGUGUUCUUGUGUAUAUAUAUGGUGCAGUGCGGUGCUGUGCUCGAGAGAGAGAAUGGCGUGGUCGGAUUUCGCGUGUACCUCGCCGUGACGUGGAAAGUCGGCACUGAAAACGUUGGGUGCUAAGCUGAGGAAUGGAGGGAACGUGGCAGUGGGAGCAGCGAAAGCACUGCCAUAUCAUUCUGCUCAACCCUUUGUCGUACGUAAAAGAGAACCCGGAACAGGCUGCAGAUGAACGAAAGCGACUACAAGGUAGUCUCUGCAAGGAAGAAGACACCCUGAAGAAGAGGAGUCACGUGCCGGGUCUGUAGCGCUCGGUAAAGAGAAGAAGGGCCCCCCGAGCAUCAUCAGAAAGGAGAAGGGGUCGUCAUGGGCCCGGCACACCAAAUCGUACCCCACUGAGCGAUGCAAGUAGUUAGGGCCGGGGCCCUGCUAGUGAGCAUGUGGCUCACUAGAGAAUGAAGAAGCAAAACGUCCGGACCCUAUCGUUGAUCGUCUUCACGUUCACCUAUCUCCUCGUCGGCGCUGCAAUCUUCGACGUUCUCGAGUCCGAGACGGAGAAACGACGCAAGGAAGCAUUGGACGACAUUGAAAAGAUGGUUAUACGCAAGUACAAUAUAAGCGAGGACGACUUCAAGAUCAUGGAAACAGUAGUGCUGAAGACAGAACCUCAUAAAGCUGGUCAGCAGUGGAAAUUCGCCGGAGCGUUUUAUUAUGCGAUCACGGUCCUCACCACUAUCGGUUACGGACAUUCGACGCCGAACACCAUUAGCGGCAAGCUGUUCACAAUGUUCUACGCGAUCGUCGGUAUCCCGUUAGGACUCGUAAUGUUCCAGAGCAUAGGAGAGCGUCUGAAUAAAUUCUCAUCCGUCGUAAUACGGAACGUAAAGAAGCUUCUUAACUGUAAGGAUGUCCAGGCCUCAGAAAUAAAUCUUAUCUGCGUGGUGACGACCUUAUCUUGCUUAACGAUUGCGGGAGGUGCCGCGGCAUUCUCUCGGUACGAAGGGUGGUCAUAUUUCGACUCCAUCUACUAUUGUUUCAUCACCCUGACAACCAUUGGCUUCGGCGACAUGGUCGCGCUACAAAAGGAUAACGCGCUGAACAACAAGCCAGAGUACGUGAUGUUCGCCUUGAUAUUCAUUUUAUUCGGCUUAGCCAUCGUCGCCGCCUCCCUCAAUUUAUUGGUGCUGAGAUUUGUCACAAUGAAUACGGAGGACGAAAGGCGAGACGAGGCCGAGGCUCUACAGGCUGCGCAAGGAGCAGUGCGCCUGGAGGGCGACGUAAUAACGGCGAACGGCUCGAUACUGUCGGGCCAAGUAGGCAACCACGGUGACACGAUAUCGCUGGACGACGAGACGUCGGUCUGCAGCUGCUGCUGCAGCGGUUUUCAGAAGAAACGGCGGAGACCACGGUUCACGGUUCGUCGCUCGCCCGGUAAGAUCUCACAUCUGCUGCCGAUGCAGCAGCUGCCGUUGAAUAUACGCAGUGACCUACACCCGCCACCGUUGACGCCGUUGUUGCAACUGCCGCCGUUGCAUCAACAUCGAGCCAGCAUCUGACGACCAUCAACCGCCGUCAGUACGUUAUCUCAACAACAACUGCCGCGACGGGUGUCUGUCUGAGACUCUUUCCCUCGUGCAACAAAAGGGGACAGAUCAUAUGGGGGGGAAUGAAAUAGAGAGAAAGAAAGAGCUUUUACCGGUGACCGCUUCAACGAAUUUAAUCCUAGGGAUCGGUGUCGCCGCCUCGCCGUUUCAAAAAUCGCGGGAACCAUACCAUAUAUAGGGUGAAUUGGGGAAAGUUAAGCUGUUUAGCUAUUGGAUGAAUCGUAUUUUGUGGUAUAUCAAGUUGUUUGAAAGGAUCGUAGAUAAUGGAGAUUGAAAAAAAUUGAGAGGCAAUGUAUUUUCAGAGAUAAUACUUUUUCAAUUAGAUUUUCUUUCGCGCAUGGCUCGUUUCUUUCGAUAACUUUUCGUCAUAUAUAGAAUAGUAUAGGAUUCGAGUUGUUCAGUAUGAAUUUCUUUCGAAACUUUACAAGUAUUCAACUUUUCGUCAAUGAAAAAGUUGGAUAGAAACGAGAAUAAAUGAUUGCGAAAUCGUGUUGUGUACAUUGAUGGGAAAAUUAAAAUUUAAUAUUGCAACUAGCAUUCAGUAUCGUCUUGUUAUAAAAUGAAACCAUAUUAAUUUUUCGAAUCAAGUAUUUGCCUUUGAAGUGUCGAAGUUGAGUAUUGAAAUACUUGGCAGAAGUUCAUGGUGAUUAAUGUGUUCUUCCGAUUCCAUGAAAUAUAAUACAAACUAUGUAUGUAUAUCCAUUAUCAAUAACGUUACGAACUUUCAAAACAACCUAAUAUUUGAAUUGAAAAGGAUAAGUAGGUGAUUGUUAGAUAAUAUUUUUUGAAUUCGAUCGAUGUGAUAUUACGUUUGAUUAAUUUUAAUGUAGGAUAAAAAUGUUGAAAUUGUAUUGUAGAAAAUUAUCUAUCGGUAGGAGGCGAAAGUAAGAUAUGUACCUUAGAUUUGAUUUUCUGUCCAAGAUAUUGAGACAAAGAUUUUGAUAAUAUUUCUGAUACAAUUCUAUAUACAAUACUUUACUAAUGGUAUGGUUAUUGCGAAAUUGCCGCAAAAAUGACGAAAUUCUAGUCAGUCAUUUUUCAAUUAAGUGAAACUCUAUUAACGAUAUCGGAAUACGUAGCAUAAGAAAAUGAUUAUUAUUAGAAGAAUUGGUGAUUUCGUAAAAGAAUCUGUUUCCUUGAAACUUGAAAUGAAAGUUUCAAAAAAAUAAUUCUGAAAGAUCAGCAAUUGAAUAAAAAUUUAUUUUAAAGAAUCGCAAGCUAAUUGUAUUCCCUCGAGGGCGGAAUUCAAGUGCUUCCUAUUAUGUCUAUGCUCUUCCACUAUUUUAACAAUCACGUGUUUUUCUCACAAGCUCGGCAGAAAUAUUUCCUACAUUACAAAAUUGUUAAUAAUACGAAGUUCUUCCAUUGAGUUAUUUCUAUGCAAAAAGAAAGAAGACAGAAUCUCGUCACGAAUGCGAUCAGGCGGUGAAUUGAUUCUCAGAAGCAAGUGUUAUGUAUGUACAAAGAAAAAAAAACGGGAUGUGCGAGUGAUUAUGUGUUCCAUAGCCAAGAAGCAUUAACAAACAAACCAAAAAAACGAAAAUAAAAAAGAACAAAAAAAAAAACAAAAAAAUAAGUACG